UUUAAAAUAAUUGCGCAGAUAGGGAAACGACCUAGUAAACUUCUCCAGCAAGCGGGAGAAACAUCGCGAGGCUUCCAGAAGAAAGUCGUAGCAUCCCGGUAAAACACCCCGGAAUUAUCUCGAACCAUCCCUCUCUCUGUAUAUAACAUUGAACGAAAACUCGCAUUAGCAUUCCAACAUCUACUUCAAAUCUUCCAUAGGAGAGCAGAAAACUGAUAAACAAUGGCGAGCCCGUUUUACCGUAAUCAUUGGAAUCCAAUCCGCCAUGGUUACUACCCACAAGUCGAAAUCCAGGCCCAAGCAACAAAGCCCAAGAUCGUCAAUAUACCCGUCCACUUCGUCGGCUCUGAUGGCGCCGCCAGCAAGCAGUCGCCGGCACCGGCAACUGUGCCGACGGAAGAGACGAGAAUAGCUGCGGCCAUCACGAUCCAGCGGGCUGUGCGAGGGUUGUUUGUGAGGAAGAAUGCGCGUGUAGUCCGCCAAGUUGCAGCGGAAGUGGAGGAGAUUGAGAGGAAGGUGAGAGAGGGGGAAACUAAGAUUCGAUUAGAUUCGAGGGAGCGGCUUUUGGUGAGCGAGACGCUGAUGGCGUUGCUUCUCCGCCUCGAUGCUGUCCGUGGGGUGAGGGAUUUUCGGAAAAGGGUUAUCCGACGGGUUGUUAAUUUACAGGAGGUGAUCGAUUCCAUUUCCGCCGCUGCUGAAGGGCCACUCUCCGUAAUCGGCAUGUCAGAAGAUCAGAAAGGUUUAGAAGGAGAAGGAUGUGAGCAUUUGUCAGGAGAUCAUGAAAAUAGAGAGGAUCAAACCUGUAAUCAAGAUGAGGAGAUGAAGGACAACGAGCCCGAGUUGGAGGUGAGGAUUCCGUUAGCGGUUGAAUCUUCGAAUAUAAACAGUCAUCCGGUCGAAACUGUGGAUGGCACCAUCUCAGAAAGCGAUCCAGCAGAUGAUCUGGAUGUUUCUGGGAUUGAAGUAACUGAAGAAGCAUUGAUGGAUCAUGAAAAUGCAGCAAAUCAAACAAUUGUUCUUCAAGAGGAGAAUAAAAAGGUCGAGACGGAAUUAGAGAUCGAAAUCCCGGCGGAAGUUGAAUCACCCGUAAGACAAAGUGAUUUGAUUUCAGGAUCCAAUGGCAUGGCUAAGCUGUGCAGCAUAGCAGUGGGCAAUGAGGGUGCUAUCGACGUAGCUGAGGAGUCAUCAAUGGAUCAUGAAAAGAAAUCAACUCAAACCCUCAAUCUGGAAGAGGAUACGAACGAAGCUGAGGCCGUAUCAGAAGUGGAGAUU